AUGGAUCCACCCACGAACCAAAGAGAUGAGGAUGUUGACUCGCUGUGGUUCAAGUUCGGCCGAGAUAAGGUGCCUCCAUCGCCUCAAGCGGCUAUCCCCAUUGCCAAACGGACGGAGCUGUACUACCCGAUGAAGAGUGCCACUCGAGGACGAUGUUUGGUGCUCAACUUCAAGGACUUCACCAUUGAUCAGCCAGUGCGUCAUGGCAGUGAGUACGACGUCAACGCCUUGGAGAAAACAUUCAAAGCGUUAGGAUUUGAAUUUGAAGUAAAGCACAACUUGACCAGAAAGAACACCAUUGAUUACUUGCAAAAUGCUUCCACGUUUGACCAUGAAAAGUACGAUUGCUUUGUGCUGUGCAUUCUCUCACAUGGCGACAAUGGCAUAAUUUACUGCAAUGAUGGCUUUAUCAAAAUUGAUGAAAUCGUCAACUUGUUCACCUCCAAUCGAUGUCCUACAUUGACAGGAAAGCCAAAAGUUUUCUUCAUCCAAGCUUGCCAAGGUAAAAAAAUUCCUAUUAUAUCAAUUUUUCAGCAUACUUUUAUCUGCUCUAUCUUAGGUGAAUCAUUUGAUUCAGGAACUUUGGUCCAUGACUCUGUGGAAACAAAAUCAGAUUCAAAUUCAUUUCUCAUUCCUACUUACUCUGAUUUGUUAAUUUUUUACAGUACUUAUCCAGGGUUUUUCGCAUGGCGAAAUGCCUUCUACGGCUCUUGGUUUGUGCAAGACCUCUGUGCCACCUUGAAGGAGCAUGCAGAAGAGCAUGACCUAGUCACAAUGUGCACUCUUACCAGUCAGAAGAUAGCAUUUGGUAGGCAGUCAAAUGUUCCAAAUGAUAAAGAGAAACACAUGAAGAAGCAAAUGCCAUAUCUCGUUUCUACGCUGACACGCCUAAUACGUUUCAACCAAAGUGUAAAGAUGGACGAACCAGAUGCAGAUGAAACGGUUUCUAGGGCUAUGAAAUUGAAAAGUUAG